GGCCAGGCUGGGAGGGAGGCAGGGAGGCAGCGGGAGCGUGGGGGGCCCCCGCGCGGUGGCGACGCCCCAGGCGUGCGCCCAGGUGCGCGGACGCGGCCCCGGGGAAGGACCGGGCUCACCCCGCGCACGGGGUUCGGUGGCCGCAGCUGCAGGUCGUGCAGGCAGGAGUGACCCGGGCAGCCUCCCUCCCGGAAACAGUUACCGAUGCCGUGGUUUUAGGAAGGGAUCGGGUGUAGCCACACUGGGGGGAUCAUCGGGGGCUCAAAGCGAGGUCCGCGAGCCCAGUGCCGGGCCGUCCCUUAGGCGGGUCGCGCUGAGCGUGCGCGGGGCGCCCUGCCCGUCGCAGCCCCAGGCUUUUCCUCCGCGAUGCCCGGCGCAGGGUUCAGAGCGCGCUUUGCCGUCUGACCCGCACGCGCUGUGUUCUGCAGGGAGUGCUAUGCCGUCCAAGGGAAGCCGGCUCUCCUCCGUCCCGCCCGGGAACGUCCCAGCGAACCCCUGCGCCCUCCCCCAGGGGUCGCCUUCGCUCUCCUCCCCGAGACACAGCCAGGUUCUCCCGGGCGCAUGAUGCCAGGGGGGACGUCGCCCGCGAGGAAAAGGCCCCGUCGAAGCCUGUCGAGCAGCAGAGCGAAAAAAAAUGCAUCCAAGUCCAUCGUGUUGUGUUUCAACAACGCGCCACCCGCCAGACUUGCCUGCCCGGUGUGCAGUCAGAUGGUGCCCCGCUAUGACCUGAACCGGCACCUCGAUGACAUGUGUGCCAGCCGCGGCGACGUCGCUCCAGUGGCCCCCGGGCUGGGCGGCGUCCCGGGUUCCGACGUGGCCCCGGGAGAAGGGGUAACACCGGAGAGGUCGCCACCGUCCAAGGCAAGCUUAUCCCCUGACCAAAGCCACUCGGCAGCAAGGGGCGCGAAAAAGCAGACCAGCCCCUACUUUCAAGGUGCCGAUGGCGGCGUGUGCCACAGUCCAGACGCCGAGCUGCGAUCUCGCCACGUCCAAGUCGUUCCUUUGGGAAGCCUGUCGUCCAAGUUAUCCAGGAGGUGCCUGCAGGCGAGAAGAGCCACGGAGAAGAGCGAGGCCCCGGCCGCAGCCGUCAGGGUGGGGGCGAGCUGUGCGGAGGCGGAGGACGAGGAUCCGGCCGUGGAGAGCAGUUCCCAAAAGGAGAACCUGUUUUCCUGUGAUCCUCUGAUGGAGCAAGAUACUGUCGAAGGCCCCCCGUUAUCGGCACCUGCAAAGCCAGGGCCUCCCCAGGACGGUGGGAGGUCCGCCCUCGCUCCUGCCUCCCCAGACAGUGCUCCAGUGUCACCGCCCCACCGAACUCCCGGGAAUAAACUACCCUCCGCUCCCGAGGCCAGCCGGGCAGAGCCGGAGAGCCUCGAUCAAGCGGCUGGUGAAGGUGUCGGGACACGUGAGGCAGGCGUUGGUGGAGAAACCGAAGUCCCUGGGGCUUCGGAAUCGGAGACACAGCUUUCUUGGGGGGCGCCAUCUCAUAGCCCUCCCCAUGACGCUUCCGAGGGGAGGAGCUCCCACAAACGCCCUCUGGAAGGUGACGGUGGCUUAAAGGAUGAAACCGCCCCCGGGGUGCCUUCGGGGCCGGGGCCGAGCUGCGGUGUUCCCGGGGAACCGGCCCCGGCGCCGCCCGGCCACCCGUACUAUCUCCGCAGCUUCCUGGUGGUGCUGGCAGCCGUCUUUGAGAAUGAGGACGACAGGACGCUCUUCGAGGAGCAGGAGAAGGGAAUCGUCGCUAAAUUCCAUCAGUUGUCGGAUCGCGGUCAGAAGUUAUACGUCAGACUUUUCCAACGCAAGUUCGGCUGGAUUAAGAGGCAUAAGUUGGAAUACGAAGAGAUCGCCCCCGACUUGGCGCCCGUGGUUGGGGAACUGGAGCGAGCCGGCUUCCUGCAGACGGAAUCCGAGUUGCAAGAGCUCCCUGAAGCGCUGGAACUGCUUUCCGCUCCUGAACUGAGGACCCUGGCAAAGACCUUGCGCGUGGGCAGCCCCGGCGGGCAGAAGCAGCAGCUGGCCGAGGCCUUGCUCAGACUGGCCAGACAGCCCUCCGUCUGCACCUGGGGCACGCGCGCGCCCGGGGUCGGGGCGGUGAUCCUGAAGAGGGCCAAGGACCUGGCGGGCCCGUCGCUGAGGGUGUGCAGGGGCCCGCGGGCGGUGUUCUCCCGGGCGCUGCUGCUCUUCUCCCUGACCGACUCCCCGGAGGAGGAGGACGCCGCCUGCGGGGGGCAGGGCCAGCUCUCCACGGUGCUGCUGGCGAGCCUGGGCCGCGUGGCCUUCCCUCGGUACACGGUCAGCCGGCGCGCCCGGGUCUUCCAGGACAGAGACGACCUCCUCAGAUGGCGUGGGCUGUCCCCCCAGGUACGCGGCCGCCGCCCACCUGCUGAGCGACAUCUCUGCCGCCAUGGCCGCCGGGAACUGGGAGGAAGCGAACGCGCUCUCUCAAGGCGCCAGGAGGGACUGGGAGGAGCUGAAGGGCCACCCUUCCCUGAGGCACCACGCGGACCUGCCGCCCUUCCUGCGCUGCUUCACCGUUGGGUGGGUGUACACCAGGAUCCUGUCUCGGGCCGUGGAGGUCCUGCAGCGGCUGCACCUGUACGAGGAAGCCGUCCAGGAACUGGAGGCCCUUUUGUCCCAGAAAGUCUAUUGUCCCGACAGCAGAGGCCGGUGGUGGGACCGGCUGGCUCUCAACCUCCACCAGCACUUGAAACGCCUCGAACCGGCUAUCAAGUGCAUCGCAGAAGGGCUGGCGGACCCCGAGGUGAGGACGGGGCAUCGCCUGUCGCUGUACCAGAGAGCCCUGCGCCUGAGGGCGUCGCCCAGCUGCCGGAGGUACCGGCACCUCCUCCAGCAGCUGCCGGAAGUCGCCGUGCAGGACGUGAAGCAUGUGACCAUCACGGGCCGGCUGUGCCCGCAGCUCGGGAUGGGCAAGUCCGUGUUUGUGCUGGAGGCCGGGGGGCCCGCCACCCCUGCCACCGUCCUGUGCUCCGUGGAGGAGCUGGCGCUGGACCAUUACAGACGCAGCGGCUUCGACCAGGGGAUCCACGGGGAGGGCUCCACCUUCAUCACGCUCUUCGGCCUCCUCCUGUGGGACAUCAUCUUCAUGGACGGGAUCGCAGACGUCUUCAGAAACGCCUACCAGGCAUCCCCGCUGGACUUGUGCACAGACAGCUUCUUCGCGAGCCGGCGGCCGGCCCUCGAGGCCAGGCUGCGGCGGAUCCACGCCGCCCCCGCCGAGCGCCUGCGAGCCUGGGUGGCGGCCACCUGGGAGGCCCAGGAAGGCAGGGCGGCGGCCGUUGUCAGCUGGGACCGCUUCGCGUCUCUGCAGCAAGCUCAGGACCUCGUUUCCUGCCUGGGGGGCCCCGUCCUCAGCGGGGUGUGCCGGCGCCUGGCCGAGGACUUCCGACACUGCCGAGGCGGCCUCCCCGACCUGGUGGUGUGGAGCUCCCAGGACUGUCGCUGCAAGCUGGUGGAGGUCAAGGGCCCCAACGACCGCCUUUCGCACAAGCAGAUGGUCUGGCUGGACGAGCUGCAGAGGCUGGGGGCCGACGUCGAGGUCUGCCACGUCACGGCGGUCGGAGCCAAGAGCAGAGGCCUUCACUGAGCUGUGGGUCACACGCGGGUCUGAGAUUCUCAAAAGCAUGAGUGUAAUCAAUUGCGUUUCCUUUUUAUUUUGAUACCGUCAGCAAUAAACUGGGUGGUAAACUGAGUACAUUCAUUGAUCCCGCACAGCAGGCCGUGAACUUUUGAAAUGAUGAAAACCUUAGUGGCCAUUUUAGGGUUGGAAACAUCUAAGUUGCAAAAAAAAAAAAAAGCCGAAAAAGAAA